AUGGCUGGUGUAGCUAAACUAUUCGAUGGUCAUAUUCUCGAUAAAUCCAACAGAAACGUCGAUCUCAAUGAUGACAGAUAUAAAGGAAAAGUCAUCGGUCUUUACUUCAGUGCUCAUUGGUGUCCACCUUGUCGUGGUUUCACUCCAAUUCUGGUCGAUUUCUAUAACAAAUAUGGUUCAGAAAAGAAAUUAGAGAUUAUCUUCAUAAGUUCUGAUAAUGAUGAAGGAUCAUUCAAUGAAUAUUAUCAAGAAAUGCCCUGGUUAACAUUGGAUUUCAAAGAACGCGAGAAGAAAAAUGAAUUAGACGAGAAAUUUCAAGUCGAUGGAAUUCCAACAUUGAUUUUACUCGAUGGAAAUAGUGGAAAUAUUCUUUGUAAAGAUGCAAGACAAGAAAUUCAAUUCAAUGAUAAACAAGGUGAUCGAUUUCCUUGGACAAGCUCAUCAGAAGCAACAAAAAAAUCUUCUCGAUCGUGUAUUUGUUGUUAA